GCAGAGAACGUAGUUUUUAGGCCCCAGGUGACAUUAGCCCCGCCCAGUGACUGCUGAUUGGCUGCAGGUGGAUUUUGUGGGCGGGGAAGCGGCGGGUGGUGUCCGCGGGCUCGGUGCUGCUGUCAGUCGGUGACAUGGCGGAGGAGCUGCACGGACUGAGCGAUGAGUCGGCGUAUGCGGCCUGUAGUGACCCGGAGCCGGCCACCAAGGAUUUUAUGAUGCAGCAGACGAUGCUCCGGAUCAAGGACCCCAAGAAGUCUCUUCCGUUCUACACCAAGUGUCUGGGUAUGACUCUCCUCCAGAAGUUGGAUUUCCCUUCUAUGAAAUUCUCCUUGUACUUUAUGGGCUACGAGGAUAAGAAAGACGUCCCGGAGAACAUUAAGGAGCGGACGGCCUGGACCUUCUCACGGAAGGCGACACUGGAGCUGACACAUAACUGGGGGACCGAGAAUGACGAGAAGCCUUAUCACAAUGGCAACUCUGAUCCUCGUGGGUUCGGUCAUAUCGGCAUUGCUGUCCCGGAUGUCUACGCUGCCUGCAAGAGGUUUGAGGAGCUCGGAGUCGCCUUCGUAAAGAAACCGGAUGAUGGGAAGAUGAAGGGUUUGGCGUUUGUUCAGGACCCUGACGGCUACUGGAUUGAGAUCCUCAGCCCCAACAACAUGGUGUCCAUCGUGUAACCCUCCGCUGUAGACUGGACGCCGCUGCUUCCUGGUGCUUCAGAAACGUCCCAUGUCGUACCGCAGAAUCUUCGGUUACCGUAGAGAUCACGGGCGGAAUCACACUACGUACUGCAUCAUGUGACAUCUCAUCGGCCAAUAACAGAAGCCCCCGCCCUGAGCCGCCCAGUAAAUAAUCAGUGUUACCCUAGACUUAGUGCCUUAUCUGGAGCGCGCCCUCUGAAGAAUAACGUAUCCAUGCGCCGUACGAUCAAAGCGUUAAGUAAUCACCUGACAAUAAAUCGGGAAUUCUUA